GAUUGUAGAGAAAGAGCAGCAAAUUCCGAAGGCUAAGAAGAAGAAGAAUUUAACGGUUCCCGGUUAAUGAAUCGCUCCCCUGGUGUCGCUUGCGGCUCACAAACUGCUUGGAAACCCUAUGCAUUGGAUGUCAAUCGGCUGAUUUUAACCGCACUCGCCUACAACCUCAUAAUUAAUUUCCAAAAGGAGGAAAUGUACUGAUGAUAAACUCGCCGCACUUGAGGGUCUUUUUUGUAAAGAGGCUGAGUGAUGGAAGACGGCUCUGAGGUGAUGGAGGAUAUUGUGUUUCGGGGAACAGAGUUCUCUGUGAAGAUCGAGUUGGAUAAGGGUGUGCUGAUUGUUGAAAUCUCUGAUUCGGUGACCGCGGAUCAGUGGAGAGGAGAAUUCGAUCCGGCGUAUAUUGAAGACCUCACUCGUAAAACGGGAAACUUCAAGCAGUUCCCCAUUUUCUGUAGCAUGUUGGAGUCAGCUGUAAGAAAGACAAGUGACUCCGUUACUCUUGACCUCCUGACCUAUGCUGACCUGGAGCUGCUACGCAACAGAAAAGCGGGUGUGGUCAGCCGUCCCCGUGCACAUCAGCAGUCGUCUGCUCUCACUGCCAAAAGAUAUUUAAUCCUCAUUUAUACUGUGGAGUUUGAUAGAAUCCAUUACCCGUUGCCGUUGCCAUACAUGGGAAAGCCUGACCCGGCUACUCUACAGAAAGAGAUCAGAGCCCUCAGGGCGGAGCUCAGCGCUCUCACCGCUCACGGAGUUAACAAACAUGCAGAUUUGGAAGUACAGCGUCUCCGAGCAGAGUUGGCUGUGAUAAAAGAAGAGAAGGAUGCCAUGUCCAAAGCUCUGGCUCGACUGCAAAGGAGUGACCAUUGUUCAGCACCGGGCAGAGAAGACUGGAGGAUGAAUGAUGUAGUGAGGGCGCUGGAAGAGCAGCUCAUCAAAGAGAGAGCUAAAAGUCAAAGGUCAACAAGCAAGAGAUGCCAGGAGCAGCAGCUCCUGGUGGAGCAGUUGGACGAGUUGAGAGCAUCAGAGUGUGCCCUCCGUGUUCGUGUCAAAAGUCUCACCAAUGAGCUGGCGUUACUACGGAGAGGGUUAGACAAUCUAAGCGUCAGACUGACACCUGUGUCCGCUCACAUCAACUCACGGGUGGAUGACGACGUAUAUCGCUCGGUUUCCUGUGAAAAGAGGUCCGGCUACAGGCCAGUCCGGGCUCGGUCGGGGUCCAGAGAACGAAUAGAGCACAGAUCUCUGGAGCGGGGAAGAAGAGCAGACUCUUCAGGACCUCGGGCUCACAUACCAAGGUCCUCACCUUCGCCCACAAGGUCCCGAGCGGCACGCUUUGACCCCACUGCUUACAUCCAGGACAGGCAGCGCAGACUGAAAGAGGCAGAACUCAAAAAACAGAGGAGGGUGAGGAGAGACAUGUUGACAUCCCCCAUCAUACCAGAGAGAGGCCGCUCUCGUUCCAGAGAGGCCUAUCCUCAGUUGGCCCGCUCAGGCAGCAGAGGCAGGAGUUUGUCCAUGGAGCGGCGAGGCAGCAGGAACUCCUCAGAGAGUUCAUUAGUAGAUAUGGAGGAAAUGACCAAACCGCUGUUCAGAGAAAACAAACAGAGCUAUUAUAAUGGACCUAAUGUGUCGAGAUCGGGCCAUUUGAACAGGAACCCUUCUUGCAGCACUCCUACUCGCAGAGUUAAAGACAGAGAGAGCUCUUUGGACCGAGGCUCCAAGAUGUCAGAAAUCGAUGCCCGGCUGCAGGCGCUGCAGGAAUACAUGAGGGACUUGGACACUGGACAUUAAGCUGCAGCUCAGGAGGCAGCUGGACAUGUUCUCAGACAACAGCAUCUUGAAACAAAUCUACAAGUCUCACCAGAGUUUAAGACUUCAACUCAGUGUGGAAGCUCCCGUCUGCAGGAAACUCAUCACUGUGAAGGACAAAGGACUACGCUUUGUGAACUGAAAUUCUUUUUUUUUUUUAAUACAUUUUUAUUCAUCAAACUAUUUUAAAUGAUUACCUCUGUAUAUUAAUUAAGCCAAAAAAGCAGCACUAAAGCAGCUAAACUCCAUAUCAUCUUGUGCAGAAAUAUGCUCACUCUUUUCUUAUCAAACUCCUGGUGAAUUUUCAGACACUUGAAUAUUUCUUGGUUUACAUUUUUUUUUUCCAAAAGUAAAUUUUCCUCUAAACCUGUAGUGUUGUUUCUCCCCUUCCAUCCCCCACUAAAAAGCUGUAAUUAAGUGGUUUAAUUAGUUAGCAUGCGUGUCACCAUACGUCUGUUUCACUCAUUAAUGCUAAGCUUCAUGUUUCAUCUCCUUCAGUGGUUAAAUCUGAACACUUCCUUAACCCAAAUGUCAUGUUUCCACGUCUGCAUUCUCUGUGCCCUUUUGUGAUCACUUAAUGUGCAAAAACUGUACUGUCCAGCACUGUUUUUGUCUGUCUACUAUGUUAAUGAAGGCUAUUUUUAUUUUCAUACGUUAUUUUUUAAUGAUUCUAUUGUCUGCACUCGACUGUUACUGUAAAUUCUCCUGUUUGCCUUUUCUACUUUCCUAAAUAGAGUUUGUUUUAAAAACACAA